UUACAAAUAUUAUAUUAUUGACAACAAAAAAUAAUUUACCAAAUAGAUGUUCUACAUAGUAUCUUUGUAAUUUGGUCGUCGUUUAAUGAUUUGUUUCCUAUCAUAUUAUAUACGUCUCCCGGGAUUAGAUAUAUCGCUCACUUGUGCUUCACAACUUGAGUUAAUCUAUAUUAUAUACGCAUUUGGUCUGAUAUCGGAUAUCGGAUAUUGAUUUGUUUUGAUCAUAUAAUAAUUAAAUAUAUAAUAUUAUGAUAUAAUAAUAAUUAUACGCAGUGGCGUAUUUACGGGGGGUGAUAUGGGUGAUAUAUCACCCCCCCAGAGCCUUUUUUAGGAUUUAUUUAAUACAUAAUAAUAUAUACAUUGUAAUAGGUAUUCAGUUUUACUUGUUAUUCAUGACAUUCUUAAAUACAUAUUUUUAGGAUUUGAAUGUAUCUUUGGUAGUUCAAAACAUACUUCUGAAGAUAUUGACCAAUUUAAUCAACUUAUUGAGUUUUAUUCUCCUGUUAUUGAUACAUUAGUGGCAUUGACAGAAUUAAAAAUGUUAAGGAACAAACUCGCAAGCCAAAAUAUAACACUGAAAUCAGCAUUUGAUGCUUUGUUAAAAUGCAAUGAAGAUUUAUAUCCUAAUAUUAAUUUUUUAUUUAAAAUUUUAUGCACCUUGCCAGUUUCUACAGCUUGUCUGGAACGGUCAUUUUCAAGUUUAAAAAGGAUUAAAUCAUAUCUACGCAACACAAUAUCUGAAAAGAGGCAAAUGGUUUAGCAAUGUUAAGUAUUCACCGCGAUAUUGACGUUAAUGUAGACGAAGUGUUGAAUGAAAUGUCUCAAAAACCAAGAUGAAUGAAUAUUAUUUUGUGAUUUUUUUAUGAAAAUAAAUGUAUAAUAUUAUAAAUGUUGUUGUAGUUUUGAGUAACAUCAUGGUGACAAGACCAGCAUGGCCUAUUAUCAUAGAACAAUAUAGAAGCGAAACUCGAUCAGCUGAUGGGUGAAGUGUUUACCUAUGAUCUGAAG